ACAUUUAAAAAAUACAAAACAGAUCCAUACUAGUCAUUUGAAUCAGACAGUCCAAAGAGAUGGCAACUACAAAAUUAACGAUAAUUUUGGUGACAAGUUCAUUUCUUAAUUUUACAGUCGCCAAUAGAACAGCAACGGAGCAGCUAUAUACCCAUUUAUUGCAGAAUUACAACCCGUAUAUCCGACCAAACUCAAAUCAGUACCAGCAGACGGUUGUGGAGACGACCUUACAUCUGCUGUCUGUCAAUGGCCUGGACGAACUCUCUGGAACCUUAUCGACUGUGGUCUAUAUAGACAUGUCAUGGACAGACGAUCGAAUGGUGUGGAACAAAACAGACUAUAGUAAUACCUGGCAGAUUCUAUUUCCACAAGACUUAGUGUGGAAGCCGGACUUGGUCGUCACUAAUCCGGUCAGAAAAGUCAGGAAGAUUGGAUUUGAGGACAUUAUGAUACGCUAUAAAGAUGACGGCGCUGCCGAGUGGUAUACUGGUGAUUACUUAGAAACGUCAUGUGACAUUGACGUCACUCACUUCCCGUUCGAUCGGCAGGUUUGUACAAUUGAGAUGAUUCCUUGGAACUACAGACAGCGGGAGCUGCAAGUGAUCAUUUCGAAGAACGAAGUGAAUCUGGACAAUUAUACAGAGAACGGGGAAUGGAUUCUCUACAAUACGGCCGCUGAGAGAUAUGGAGACGGUCCAUUCGAAUACAUGUACUUCAAGUUAUACAUGGAGCGUCGGUCGUCCUUCUUCAUCAUUAAUCUCUUCAUACCUGUUGUGAUGCUGGUUUUUCUUAACUGCAUGGUGUUCCUGCUUUCGGCAGAUUCCGGCGAGAGAAUUGGUUAUGCCAUCACUUGUCUUUUGUCGAUUACCGUAUAUCUUACCUUAGUUUCCGACACCAUUCCGAAAACAUCGAAACCUCUGUCAGUUUUGUCGUUUAUUCUGAUGCUUUUACUUAUUCUGUCAACAAUAAUUUGUUUUUUGACCAUCAUCGGUCUAAGAUUUCAUUUUCGAAAAGCAGAAAAACCCUUGCCAGGGUGGCUAAGCAAAGUGACGAAAGCUUUACGAUGUAGAAGAUGUAGAAAAGGGUGUCGGACUUUGUUGAAGAAGUCGGACUGCCGAGGACGUAGAAUUGGAUCGGCAGAAAAUCGACAAGUCGAUCUAAAUUUAGAAUCUAAGACGAGACGGAUGUCGCAGCAGGUGGACUACAAGAAACCUAUGGUAUCAUUAGUUGGGGAUUCCGUGAAGGGAGGCCCGGAGGUCUAUAGACAGUCUUUUCGGGCGGAUAAUGAGUCCGGGGUUAUUUAUGAGGAUUACGAGGACGGGGGCCUCCCGGAGUAUGAACUAGAAUCGUGGAAAACCUUCGCCAAAUUAUUUGACAAAAUUUGUUUCAUUGCGUGUCUCGGUACAAUUCUUGUGUUAGGAGCCAUUUACUUCAUGAUUUCUAGCGGAAGGCUUGCAGUGUAA